AGAUCAUAACAAGAUAGUUGCAGUAGCUACCAAAGUGAUUUGUUUCAGGAAUUGGUAGACCCCAAAAUAAUGCGCUGCAGCCAGGCGUAGCGAUAUUCUAACGGUCAAAUCGCCGAAUUUCUACCGUCAGCCGUACACCGUGACUGCACGGAUGUGAAGUCCCUUGGUUAAUAAUUUCGGAUUUGGUAAUGCAGGUUCGUUCUAAGGUCAAUAAAAGUAAGCAAAUGUCUGCGUUAUCGAAGGAAUUCUGUGCAGGUCCAUGCAGAUGAGAGCAGUCGCUGAUCUGAGCAGUCGCUGAUGCAAAUAGUUUGCUGGUAAACCGUCUGAUCUGCAUACCAUAUGACUGCUUACGCGUUGUUUCUGUGGAUAGUGGCGGGUGUACGAAGAUCAGCGAAUUGCAGGAACAUAACGUGACCUAAAUGUUCAACAGCGCCAAAGCGCACGAGUUCAGGCUACUGGAAGAAACAGAAUCAACAUGAUACUGGGGCUUCUGUCAAGUAAUUUGCAUUUUAAGUUAUUGUCAAACUCCCAAGUGGAACGAAGGUUAACAAAGUCAGUGAUUUGUACAGACAGAAGUCAGCAUGUAGCAGUUAAAUGCUUCUGUUUAUUGUGAUUGGCUCUUUUCAGAGACUGAACAAUAUUUAACACAGUGUGUUACAGUGGUAACUGGUUAACUCGCAUAGUAAAACCUCUUUUCAGACACAGAUUGGCACACUCCUUAGUGUGUGCACCAUUUUUACUGAUUUAAAAAAAAAAAAGAAAAAAAAGAAAGAAAGGGGGGAAAAAAAAUCUGCCCCAGACUUCACUGGAUUAGUAAUUUUAACGGAAGACUAAGCCAGUUGCUUAGUAUAGAUACAUUUCCAUCUGUGUAGCUGCUUUUGUUUUUUCCUCAACAGAGGAGCAUAGUACAUGAAGCCAGACUCAGCUUAAAGCUUGCUUAUUUAGUAUCAGAAGGUGGUAAACUCGACCGAGAAGAUGGAGACGGCAGAAAACAAGCAUGAGGGAGAGCAGGAUGGCCCGAUACCAGUCGACGUUGAGAGCAACACGGGUCUGAAGGUCCAGGACCAGAAGCAUCGGGGCUUUCAGUGGUGGUCGGUCACUUUCCUGUGUUUCUACGGCUUCAUGGUCCAGCUGAAGCCCGGAGAACCUUUUAUCACGCCGUUCUUACUCAGCGUCGAGAAGAACUUCACCAAGGAAGAGGUCACCAAUGAGAUCAACCCCGUGCUGUCCUAUUCGUACAUGGCCGUGCUGGUUCCCGUGUUCCUCCUGACCGACUACCUGCGUUACAAACCCGUGCUGAUCCUCCAGAGCCUCAGUCACGUCUCCAUCUGGCUCCUCCUCAUGCUGGGCUCCUCUCUGCUGGAGAUGCAGUUUAUGGAGUUCUUCUACGGUAUCACCAUGGCAGCCAGGGUGGCCUACUCCUCUUACAUCUUCUCGCUGGUCCCCUCCGAGUUGUACCAGCGCGUGGCCAGCUUCUCGCGCUCGUCCGUGCUCAUCGGUGUCUUCACCAGCUCGGUGCUGGGUCAGAUCUGCGUGUCGUUCGGAAAGGUUUCGUACGGCACGCUCAGCGUGAUUUCGCUUGGUUUCGUCUCCUUGGGCCUCGUGCUGUCCCUGUUCCUGCCCUGGCCCAAGCGUAGCAUGUUCUUCAACCAGGCGCGGCAGGCAGCGAGGCCCUCGGGCACCAAGUCCGAGCUGGACAGGAUGAAAGCUGACUCCGCCGUCAAACAGGGCUCGGCCGUCAAUGCCGCCCCCUCCUGGAAGCACUCGGUAUUCAUCCAGAUGUUGAUGGAGCUGCGGAAUGUGGUGCGUGUUCCCAAUCUGAGACUCUGGAGCCUGUGGUGGGUGUUCAAUUCCACCGGUUACUACCUGGUGUUGUUCUAUGUUCACAUCCUGUGGAACAGCGUUUACCCAGUCACAGAGAAUACAAAGGUUUACAACGGAGGAGUCGAAGCAGCGUCCACUCUGCUGGGUGCCGCCACGUCGUUUACAGCGGGGUUCGUGAAGAUUCGGUGGAAGGUGUGGUCAGAGCUGGUGAUUGGCAUAAUCACGGCAGUGCAGGCUGGUCUCCUGCUCCUCAUGGGCACCACAGAUAACAUAUGGGUGUGUUACGUGGCGUACGCCUUCUUCAGGGGCUUCUACCAGUUCCUAGUGCCCAUUGCCAUUUUCCAGAUUGCUUCCUCUCUAACGAAGGAGCUUUGUGCCUUGGUGUUUGGUGUGAACACCUUUCUUGGGACGAUCCUGAAAUCGAUCAUCACUCUCAUCGUGGCGGACAAGAGAGGGCUGGGUCUGCCCGUGCACUCCCAGUUUAUAGUGUACUUCUUUUACUUCACUUUCCUGACGAUUACGUACCUGGCGUGUGCUGCUUGGGUCAUCACCAUGCACUACCGCAAUCAACGCCGAGAGGGUGGGGCCACAGAGAUCCCACCCACCGAACUCAAUCCUGUCGAGUCGGUUGCCGUGGAAGCUGUCCCUUUGACCAAUGGAACAGCUGUGAAGGACUGAGUGGCAGGAAGAAUGUGUCCACAGGACCAAAACUUUUCUGCUUGUGGUAUAGCUGAGCACUUCAGGUGUCCCUCAGGUAAAGGCCUAUGCAAACACACGAGACUGGCUUGAGAAGAGAGUGUACAUUCGUACAGGUCUGAAGUGCCGAAACGAUUCAUAAGGAAAUGCUGGAACUGAACUUUAUAGUUUGAGGAUUGUGUCAUAUUAAAAAAAAUAACACUCGCGUGUACGUGAGGUACUACUAAUAAUGAACUAUUUUGCAAAAUGGACUGUGAAAAGAAAAAAAAAAAGUUUAAUGUUUGAAUCAUCUUCAUUGUUCAGUGACAGGAAAACAAGAGAAUCGGAUGAAUGUGUUUAUAGGAACCCCCCCAUGGACUUUUCUCCAUCAAACAUGUAUAGAAACAGAUGGUGUCCCUAUCAGUGGCCACUGCCUAAAUCAGUGUUCUAGCACAAACUGUGUACAUUGGUAGGGGUGUAAUAAUUCAGCAAACCCAUGGUGUUACUUUGGUGAAAAAGUCUACUUUGAAAAAAGAGGCUUGUUUCCAUAAUUUUUCAUUCAGAAAAAAGCUAACUUCUAAUUUCUUGUGGACAGUGAGAGUUCUCUCCCUCUCUGACUUCUCUCUGGUUGUUGUGGACGUCUUUGCUUGGCUUACCUAGUGACAGGUUGUUUUAAACUUUCAAUUGACCAGACAUACAUCUUUACAUUAUAGACUUUAUAGAUAAUUUUUUCCACAGCCCGGAAGGGCUUACAGAUGCUAAAAAUUCUGACUCGUCUUCAGAAAUGUGCCUUUUACUGAACAAACAUACACAUGUCCCACAUGCCACAGUCAGACAUUAAUGAACCAGAGUCAGUCAAGAAUGAGUGCUGUGAUAAUCAGAUACAUAGAUAGAUAGAUUACUUUACUGAUCCCUAAGGGAAAUUGCACUGUUGCAGCAGCAAUUCACAUAUAAAUCCCAAAACACACAUAACUUACAAAAAAAAACCCACAAUGAGAUGUGUACAA